GAAGACUGUCAGACAGUCUAAGAAGCUACCAUUAAAACUUUUAUCGCAUACCAACGAGUAAAAUAUGUUCAAUGAAGACGAAUCAAAGAUCACUAUUGAAAUCAGAGACCUCCCUGUUGCUUCAUCCAGGAGGACCUUGAAGAGCUACACCAGUGAAUAUGAUGAAGUGGCUACUGCAGUGCCUGACACAGGAAGAAAACUUGAAAGAUGUGUGGCUGUGAGCUUUUGUCUCCUGUGUAUCCUACAGGCUGCUCUAAACAUUUCUCUGCGUCUCGCUGUCUCUUCACAACAGAAAUCCCUGGAUGAAGAAAGAGAUGAGCUGAAGAGGCAGUUGAACCUUACUACUUCACAACAGAAAUCUCUGACUGAAGAGAGAGACGAGCUGAAUAGGCAGCUGAAUCUUUUCAUGCCAGCUUCACAACAGAAAUCCCUGGAUGAAGAAAGAGACGAGCUGAAGAGGCAGUUGAACCUUACUAAUCACUAUUUGAACCAAGGAUGGGUGUAUUUCGGCAGUAGUUUCUAUUAUAUUUCUUCAGUCAAUAAAGCCUGGCAAGACAGUAGAGAAGACUGUCUUCAAAGAGGUGCUGACCUGGUGAUUAUCAACAGCGAAGCUGAACAGAAAUUCAUAAGACAAUACCCAAAGUACAUAUGGAUUGGACUGACUGACAGAGAGACAGAGGGAGUAUGGAAAUGGGUGGAUGGCACACCACUGACAACAAGCUUCUGGCGCUCUGGGGAACCUAACAAUUAUCGUGGCGGAAACGAAGACUGUGUAGAAUUAACACUUGACUGGAAUGAUGUAGAAUGUGAACAAAAAAAAUUGUGGAUGUGUGAAAAGAAAAUGGCUCUGUAACAUAUGCACCGUGACAACUGCUACUGGUUAUUGAAGACUUGAAGAUAUGAUGUGUUUACCACUUUCAGCUAACAUGUAAAGACAACACUGAAACAUGGUUAUACUUGUUUACUGUUUGGUUAUCAUGUUCCCUGUUGUAGUUACUAAUAUGCUAUGGUUUAAUCUUUCAUACCGUUUGAGCUUCUAAUGAUUCACAAGUGUUACUCUUGUGUGUUCCAGCAUGCUUAAAACUGGCUUCUGCAUUUUUGGUCCCAACUCAAAAACAAAAUGUAACAACCAUUGAAACAUGGUUUGGCAAAGUGAUACAUGUGGAUUUUUCUGCUGUCUUUUUUUACCCGAAUCUUGAAAAAAUCAGAGCCCCCUCACAUUCAACCCAUUUGAUCAUAAUGGAGUUGUGUUUUAUCCAAAUAUUUAAAUAGUUAGAAUGAGAUUAAGUGUACUUGGGGUGGAGCUUCCCAGUGCCCCCAUGUGCAAAAGAAGACUGCAGCAGCCUACAUGCUAGUCAAAACUGAUUUACAGGUAUCUUUAAUUGUAGAUAUAAUAGCAAUUCCUGCGUCAAAUAUAAUUUUCAGUAGUUACAAUUGUAUUUUGGAAAUCAAAAAUUACAUGAAAUACUGUACGUACUUGUUACAACAUUAAGGUGGCAUAUCAAUAAUUUGAUUUCGACUAGUCAUAAUUGCAUUUUUGAUAGAGAAGCUAAUUUAUGAUAUCUGUAAUGUAAGAACAAUUGAAGAUAUGUUCUGUAAAUAUUUCCACUAGUAAGAAAUUAAUUAUUGGUCAACAAUUUACACUAAUGAGGUUAUGGUACAAUGUUUUAAUGCAUGCUGUGUUGAUCCUUGUUAUUUGUCCUGCAGUUGAAUGAAUAAAUUUCCUGUCCUUCUUAAA